ACAGAGAGCUGGUUGGACCAGACUGGGCGGUUUUCAGUAGGAGGAAUGUGGGCUAUUUCCAUACCACUACUGUCAUCUGUCAAGAGGCAGGAACUGUCAAAGUGUGUGUGUUAGUGCUUUGUGCUCCUGUGUGUCUCUGCAUGCUUGAGAGCUGUGAGUAGGAGUAAUGCCGAGGGGGGGAAAACAAUUACUACACACCUACCAGCCACAAUCUAACGAGUACACGAGCGGGAAACAAGCUGCUAAAAGCUCUCACAGCCGUUCAGCUGCAGUACUGACCAUCUUAAGGACACAGACACCUCUGCUGAUGGCAUGUCAGCCAUCAUGGGAACUGGAGAGAGGAGAAGGCUAUGUGUACCUGAGGACCUGUCUUUGGAGGAAAGAGAUGAGCUGUCGAACAUACGACGCAGGAAAAAAGAGCUUCUGGAUGAUAUUGAACGGCUGAAGUUUGAGAUUGCAGAAGUAAUGACUGAAAUUGAGCAGCUAACCUGUGUGGGAGAGAGCAAAACCACGCAAAGAAACAAACAGAUCGCCAUGGGGAGGAAGAAGUUCAACAUGGACCCUAAAAAGGGGAUCCAGUUUCUCCUGGAGAACGAUCUUCUCCAGAACACCCCAGAGGACAUCGCACAGUUCCUCUACAAAGGCGAGGGGCUCAACAAAACAGUCAUCGGUGACUACUUAGGGGAACGGGAUGACUUUAACAUUAAGGUUCUCCAGGCGUUUGUGGAGCUUCAUGAGUUUGCAGACCUCAACCUCGUACAAGCCUUAAGGCAGUUUCUGUGGAGCUUCAGACUUCCUGGCGAAGCCCAGAAGAUUGAUCGUAUGAUGGAGGCGUUUGCCUCCAGGUACUGCCAAUGCAAUCCCGGCGUCUUCCAGUCCACAGACACCUGCUACGUCUUAUCAUUUGCCAUCAUUAUGCUGAACACAAGCCUGCACAAUCCCAACGUCAGAGACAAACCCCCUGUGGAGCGCUUCAUCUCCAUGAACAGAGGGAUCAAUGAGGGGGGAGACCUCCCAGAGGAGCUACUCAGGAAUCUUUACGACAGCAUCAAGAGUGAACCCUUUAAGAUCCCAGAGGAUGAUGGGAACGACCUAACGCACACGUUCUUCAACCCAGACAGAGAGGGCUGGCUACUUAAAUUAGGGGGCCGAGUGAAAACCUGGAAGAGACGGUGGUUCAUCCUGACCGACAACUGCCUCUACUACUUUGAAUACACAACAGACAAGGAGCCUCGUGGGAUCAUCCCACUGGAGAAUCUCAGCAUCAGGGAGGUGGAGGAGCCCAGGAAACCUAACUGUUUUGAGCUCUAUAACCCCAACCACAAGGGCCAGGUGAUCAAAGCCUGCAAGACGGAGGCAGAUGGGCGUGUUGUCGAGGGCAACCACGUGGUGUACAGGAUAUCGGCGCCCACGCCGGAGGAGAAAGAGGAGUGGAUAAAAUCCAUCAAGGCCAGCAUUAGCAGAGACCCGUUCUACGACAUGUUGGCCACCAGGAAGAGACGCAUCGCCAACAAGAAGUGAAGAGGAACGAUCUUCUCAACCUCCAGCUCCUCCAUCUUUCUCUCCUUCAGUUCAUAGACACGUAAACCACACACACACACACACACACACACACUGCGAAGCUGGUUCACCAGAGACGACUGUCAACGGUGGAGAAGACCUUGAUCCUGAAGACAAACCUCACUUGCUCCCCUGGACUGUCUACAAGUCAUGUGCACUUGCUGGGGAGACUUCACACGACUGAGGGGACAGCAGAGCUCCAGGAAAACCCAAAUAUAAGGACUCUUGCAUGGAGCAGCACAUAAACAACCAACCAGCCAGUUUGUCUCUCCUCCAUCUCAAACACACCCCCUACCUCCCCCUCUCAUGGUCAUAACAUGUUUCUAGGUCUCCCUAAAGCACAACUGCCAUGUUUCAGGUGCACAUGCAUGCAUGUGGGUUGUUAUAGACCAAUAUGUUUGUGUUUGUGUGUGUGCGUGUGUGUGUGUGUGUGCGUGUGUGUGUAUGCAGCAGUGUGCAUGCUAUCAGUGCACACAGCAUCUACAGUAUGGGUGCCUAAGUGUUCCCUCCACUGUGCUUUAUGAAAAAGUUGUUGUAAUUCAAAAUCGGAGUUCAGACGCAUGGUCGGCUUCACGGGGAGCGAAAUGUGAGGGUCAAGAGAGACGUUUGGAGGAAGAAAGGAAGGUGGGAAGAGGAGGGAGAGUGGUGGUUAGAACAGUGCAGCAUAACCUCACCUGGACCAUGUCGUCAUCUCACUCUGGUGCUGAAUUCUUCUCUCCAGGUGCCAUGGCUGAAGCCCUGCUCAGAGUAACCUCAGAAAACAGCGCUGGCUUUCAUUUAGGUUCCUAACAAAGCAUUAACAGUCUUGAGUCAGCUGGGCUGAUUUCAUUUAUUUGUGCAGAGCAGAGAAUUUUGAAAUGUGCAUACUUUUUUAUUUUAGUUGAGUAGAAAAGGCGCCUUUGCUGAAGCUUGAGAUGGAACUUGCUUUUUGGACUUAAAGUUGUAACCCUUAGGAUUUCAGAUUUGAUAUUGGUGACACGACCUUGUUUAACGAUGGGAACAGCAGGUGUGGUUUUAUACUACAAAAAAAAAUCUCCUUUAGCAGCCAUGGGUCAGAAUUGCAACAAAAUGGCAACUGCUGUAUCAUUUACAGUGCAGCCAAACAAACUGACAAUGUUUUACUAAAGUCCAUCAGUUAUAGUCGCAAACUGUAAUGUGACUGCCUGUUGCCUGCAGCCAACAGUUCAUUGUAGCUGCUCCUCCUUGUUCAGUUAGUCUCUUGCAAGAAUUUAAAACGAUCCACUGAUCCACUGAAAGCCACCAGGUGUUUCACAGUUGCUUUUAAUGUGAAAUGUUGGGUCUGUAUUAAGCUGUAACUUGAAACAGCUCCAACACGGCUGUGGGAAAAUUAACAGGACAAUGAGGCUGAUAUCUGUGAGAUAAAAUUAAAGACUAAUGCUGGAUUACAUGCAUGCAUCGUUUUGUGAACCCCUCGUGCAUGUGAAGGCAAUUUAAAUCCAGCUGCAAAAUGGCGGACCCCGCCAUCACCGGUGAAAACCAACAUUCAGAGAGGUAUGUCCAGAAUGCAGAUAUAUUAAUUGGCUAUUGCAGAUUAAAUGCUGUCCAUAAAUAGCGUCAAAAAUGGGUUUGAUUUCAUAAAAAUCUUAGGGAUUUUAACUUUAAAAAGUCGACUGGGUUGGUUUCAUUUAUGGCUGUGCAAUGGCCCGAGAGGGUACCAGUCCGAUUAAGCUUUUUUUCCUCUCUUUUGUAUGGCCUAUGUCAGUGAAGGUCGAUGUAUUGUUGUGAUCCUGUUUGCAUUUGGUUUGUACUCCCUAAAGAAUCCUUGCUUGCUUUUGUGUUCCUCUUUAAAAGGUAUAUAAAUAUAACCAGCUAUCAUUUUUGUAUUUAUUUUCAUUUGUGAAACGGUUUAAUACGACCUGUAAAUGUUCAACAAUGUAUGCUUAAGUUAUGUAUGUAUAUAUAAUGUAUAGGUUUUCUGGUCUCUUUGUUGUAGUAUGCACACUCUGUGUAACAUGUUUGAGCCUACAGGCAUCAGCUGAAGUUUGGGGUCUUCUUUGCAAAAGCCUUAAACAUAAUCAUAAGAAAACAUAUGAUGAUGAUGAUGAUGAUGAUGAUAUUGGUCAAUAACUGUGACGAUGCUCUUUUAAAAAGCCAUGACUAAUGAGUGAGAAAGACAGUUGUUUUUAUGAUGAUGAUAAAGAUUAUAGUGAAAAUGAUGUUUGAUGUUGAUGAUGAUUAUAGUGAAGUAAUAUCAGUGAUGAUGAUGAUGAUGAUGAUGAUACUAUCAUAGAUGAUGAUGUCAAAAACUAUAAACACCAGUAGUUUUCUAUGUGAUUGUAAAAUAAAAUGAAAGCCUUGUGGUCAGGGCAGAAUAUUAUCUUCUACCGCCCUGCGUGGCUUAUAGUUACAUUAACUUUUAUAUUCUCUGUAAAAGCUAUUGGUCACGUUGUACAUUACGUGUAUCUAUAUAAAGUAUAC